UCCCUAAUUUUUUUUUGAACUUGUUAUGCCGAAUUUAUGGUUCCACAGCUUCCGGUUGUCUCGCGAUACCCUCUACGGCGUGACCCGCAGCUGUACCUUUACCGAUCCCGGGUCAAAUGGAAGCAAGUCCUACGGCCAAUCCAGCAGCACUAAUGGAAGCAGCAGAAAUCAGGGGAUUCUUUAGGGAUGCUGACGGGGAAAAUUUCCCUACUUUGUUUGUCAUACUUGUUCAUCGAAUGGGGCACGUCGUACUAGGUCACUGCUGGACAGAGGGUCCUCUGACGUGGCUUUUCGUCAUUAUCCCUUGAGUCCGCGUAAAAAAGAGCGGCAUUUUGCACGUUUUCUGCAACUUAUAAUCAGUAGAUUAUUCCUCUGAUUGGAAGUAUUGAGCUUGUCAAUUUUGCAGAUUCUAUUCAUUUGAGUGGCAGAGAGAGAGACAUCAUGGACAUGGCUUCAAGGAUUGUGAGUUUCAUUGGAUUGGACCAGUUGAGCCUGGAUAUGGCUUCUCUGCUUGUACGCUCAGGAUUCCUAGUCCAGGGAUAUGAAGUUUCUAAGCGCAUCAUGGAGGAGUUUUCGAUGUUAGGAGGAGUUGGCUUUGCUUGUCCUAUGGAGGCAGGAAGAGUUUCAGGUGCUGCUGUGAUUGUGGUCCUGAUGCCUAGUGAGGAACAAAUAAAUGAUGUCCUGUUUGGAACACUGGGAUCCCUGCAGGUUAUGCCUCGUGAUGCCGGUGUUAUACUUCGUUCUACAGUAUCAGCAACCUAUAUUCAAGAGUUAGAGAAGCGAAUAACAGAGGCAGGGAGCUUGUUCCUUGUAGAUGUGCAUGUUCUUCAGAGCGUUUCUGAAGAUUCGACCGGAAAAAUUAUUGUUACUGCUUCUGGAAAAUCCAAUGCAAUUGAAAAAGCACGACCUGUCCUUUGUGCAAUGAGUGAAAGGCUGUACGUUUUGGAGGGAAGAAUUGGUGCUAGCAGUAAUAUGAAGUUGGUCAUUCAAAUGCUGGAGGGUAUUCACCUAGUAUCUGCUGUGGAGGCCAUGUGUCUAGGCGUUCGGGCUGGAAUUCAUUCUCGGAUUCUCUAUGACAUACUAUCGAAUGCUGCUGGAUGCUCAUGGAUGUUUGCUAAUCGUGUUCCUCAAAUGAUAGAGGGAAAUUAUGUGAAGGACUGCUCUUUGAAUGCUUCUGUAAAGGAUCUGGGGCAUAUUCUGGAUCUGGCCAAGUCGCUUACAUUUCCUCUUCCACUUUUAGCAGUUACCCAUCAACAAUUUGUUUAUGGAUCUUCAUGUGGCUAUGGGGAAUACUCUGAUGCUUCACUUGUCAAGAUUUGGGAAAGAACAAUUGGCGUGAGUGUUGCUGCUAGUGAUGAUAUAUAUAACCCUUUGCAACUGGCAGAACAAAGCGUGGCAGAAUCAAAACCAGUAAAAAUAAUUGGUUUUGUGGGGCUUGGAGCUAUGGGCUUUGGCAUGGCAACACAACUAGUGAAAUCUAAGUUUUGUGUUUAUGGUUUUGAUGUAUAUGGGCCAAGUUUGGCAAGGUUUGUUGAUGCUGGUGGUUUAGCACGAAAUACUCCUCAAGAUGCUUCAAAAGAUGCUGAGGUUCUCAUUGUCAUGGUCACAAAUGAGGUUCAGGUGGAGAGCGUUUUAUUUGGGGAAAAUGGAUCAAUAUCAGCUCUACCCGUGGGAGCAUCUAUUAUUGUGUCAUCCACUGUUUCCCCUGGAUUUUUGAAGAAACUGGAAGCACGCUUAUGUGAGGAACGGCAGGAUCUAAAGUUGGUUGAUGCACCUGUCUCUGGUGGUGUUUUGAGGGCGUCAAAUGGAACACUCACAGUAAUGGCUGCUGGUACUGAUGAAGCUCUGAAGUGUACGGGUUCUGUCCUUUCAGCAAUGAGUGAGAAGCUUUACAUUAUCAGGGGUGGUGUUGGAGCAGCAAGUUCGGUGAAGAUGGCAAAUCAACUCCUUGCUGGAGUUCAUAUUGCAGCAGCAGCUGAGGCCAUGGCAUUUGGUGCGCGGCUGGCACUAAGCACUAGAGUUUUAUUUGAGGUCAUAAUGAGCAGUGAAGGAAAUUCCUGGAUGUUUGGAAAUCGCGUUCCCCACAUGCUUGAUAAUAAUUACACACCUUGCUCUGCACUCGACAUCUUUGUGAAGGAUCUGGGCAUUGUGCUGCAUGAAAGCAGAACCCUCAAUAUCCCUCUUAAUGUUUCAAGUGCUGCUCAUCAACAAUUUCUGUCAGGAUCUGCUGCUGGAUGGGGUCGAUAUGAUGAUGCAGCUGUAGUUAAGGUCUAUGAGAAAUUCACUGGAGUUAGUGUCGAAGGAAGACCUCCUAUUCUUAAGAAAGAUGAGGUCCUUAGAUAUCUUCCUACAAAGUGGCCAGAUGAUCCCAUUGAAGAAAUUCAGAAUUUGAAACGUCAAACUUCUUCGAAAGUCCUCGUAGUGCUGGAUGAUGACCCAACUGGCACUCAAACGGUUCAUGACAUUACAGUUUUAACUGAGUGGAGCACAGCAUCAAUUUCUGAACAGUUCCACAGAAGGCCUUCUUGCUUUUUUAUUUUAACUAAUUCCCGGUCACUGGCUUCUGAGAAGGCUGCACUGUUGACAAAAGAAAUAUGUAAAAACAUCGACAUUUCAGCUAGAUCAGUAGGAAACAUUGAUUACACUAUAGUUCUGAGAGGUGAUUCAACACUUCGUGGCCAUUUCCCAGAGGAGGUGGAUGCUGCUGCUUCUGUAAUAGGAGAGGUAGAUUCAUGGAUCAUUUGUCCUUUCUUUCUCCAAGGAGGCCGUUACACUAUUGGAGACAUACAUUAUGUAUCAGAUGGAGAUAGGCUUGUUCCUGCUGGAGAGACAGAGUUUUCAAAAGAUGCUGCUUUUGGAUAUAAAGCAUCAAAUCUUCGUGUGUGGAUUGAGGAGAAAACGAAGGGACGCAUACCUGCCAAUACUGUUGCAUCUAUAUCCAUUGAUCUUUUACGCAGAGAAGGUCCAGCUGCAGUUUGCAAGUUUCUUUGCAACUUGCACAAGGGAUCAGUAUGCAUUGUCAAUGCAGCUAGUGACCGUGACAUUGCUGUAUUUGCAGCAGGAAUGAUCCAGGCGGAAACAAAGGGAUUGCGCUUCUUAUGCCGUUCUGCUGCUAGCUUUGUAUCUGCUCGUAUUGGGAUAAGGCCCAGGGCUCCCAUUGGUCCAAAAGAUCUUGGGAUCCAAUCUGAAAGAAAUGGAGGCCUCAUAGUUGUAGGUUCUUAUGUCCCAAAAACCACAAAACAGGUAGAAGAACUGAAAACACAAUGCAGCCAUUUACUGAAAUGCUUAGAGAUUUCUGUUGAUAAACUGGCAAUGAAAUCAUCAAAAGAUAGAGAAGAUGAGAUUAAUCGUGUGGCUGAAUUGGCAGAAGUUUGCCUUAAAGCCAAAAAAGACACUCUAUUGGUGACCAGCCGGGAUCUCAUUACGGGCAACUCUCCUUUUGAGAGUUUAGAUAUAAACUUCAAAGUCAGUUCUGCUUUAGUGGAAAUUGUUCGGCAUAUCCAAACAAGGCCACGUUAUAUCCUCGCAAAGGGAGGCAUCACCUCAUCAGAUAUAGCUACAAAAGCUUUAGAAGCACGACUUGCUGUUGUGGUUGGACAAGCAAUGGCUGGUGUUCCCUUGUGGCAGCUAGGUUCUGGGUGCAGGCACCCUGGUGUUCCAUAUAUUGUAUUUCCAGGUAAUGUUGGUGAUUGUAAUGCAUUGGCAGAAGUUGUGAAGAAUUGGGCAAGUCCUUUCCAAUCUUUCUCAACAAAGGAAAUCCUCCUUGCUGCUGAAAGUGCUGGAUAUGCUGUUGGCGCAUUUAAUGUUUAUAAUCUGGAAGGAAUUGAAGCUGUUGUGGCUGCUGCUGAGGCAGAAAGAAGCCCUGCUAUUCUCCAGAUUCAUCCAAGUGCACUGAAACAUGGAGGACCAGCUCUGGUUGCCGCUUGUAUCUCAGCCGCAGAGCAGGCAAAUGUUCCAAUCACAGUUCACUUUGAUCACGGAAAUUCUAAGCAUGAGUUGUUGGAAGCUCUUGAAAUGGGAUUCCACUCUAUUAUGGUUGAUGGUUCACAUUUUGCUUUCGAGGAAAAUGUCUCAUUCACAAAGUACAUAUCGGCCAUUGCACACUCAAAAGACAUGACAGUGGAAGCUGAACUUGGACGAUUAUCAGGAACUGAGGAUGACUUGACAAUUGAAGAUUACGAAGCAAUGUUGACUGAUGUUGCUCAGUCUCAAGACUUCAUACACAAAACUGGUGUUGACGCUUUGGCUAUUUGCAUUGGAAAUGUUCAUGGAAAAUACCCUGCUGGUGGCCCAAAGCUCAAACUUGAUUUGCUAAAGGAUUUGCAUGCUGUCACAUCAAUGGAAGGGGUUUUUCUGGUUUUGCACGGUGCAUCAGGUUUGCCUUCAGAAGUUAUAAAGGCAUGCAUAGAAAAUGGCGUGCGAAAGUUCAAUGUUAACACUGAAGUACGGAAUGCAUAUAUGGAAUCCCUAAGAAAUCCACAAAAGGAUCUCAUUCAUGUCAUGUUAUCAGCCAAGGAAGCCAUGAAAGCAGUAGUUGCAGAGAAAAUGCGGUUAUUUGGUUCUGCAGGAAAAGCUUAAUGAGCACCCCUCUUGAACUCUAUUAAGUGGGCAUCGAUUUUUUUUUUUUCUGCAAUCUUUGUUCAUACGAUCUCACAACAUUCAUUGGACAUCACCGAAAUAGUUUAUGCGGUUUCCAAACCAUUGGCUAUAAAGUUGAUAGAUAUGCCCUACAAAUUCUGAUUAUUACUUUUUUAAAUGUAUGAUUUUUUACUGCUAUUGAAUUUUACAUAUUGUUCUAAGUUUUUGAUA